CACACAUGCAGGCCAGGAAGCGCUACCUGCUCGUGUCUGUGGGGGCCGGCCUCGCCUUGCUCGUCUACCUCUGGGGGCUGCAGAUCGGUGACUUCCAGCCGCCGCAGCAGCAGUCCCAGCCACAGCCCCCGCCUCUCCCCCAGGAGCCCCAGUACGACUACAGCCAGUCCAGCGCCGAGGCGCACCGCCCCCGGAGGCCCCGGCCCGAGCCCCUGAGCCCGCUGCCCCAGAGGGAGCCCUCCAGACAGCCCUGGCACCGGCGCGAGUCCAGCCGGCAGCUGGAGCCUUACCUGGAGGGCGGGGAGCAGGAGGAGGACAGCCCGCGGCUCCAGCACCAGCACACGUCUCCGCGGGAACGGCGGGCCAUCCGCGACCACAUCCACAAGAGCCGGCGCUGCCGCAUGGAGACCUGCUUCGACUUCGCCCGCUGCCAGCGCCACGGCUUCUCCGUGUACAUCUACCCGCCGCAGCGGGGCGCCCGGGAGGAGGUGUCGGAGAGCUACCAGAAGGUGCUCUCGGCCAUCGAGGGCUCCCGCUUCCACACCGCCGACCCCGCGCGGGCCUGCCUCUUCGUGCUGGCCGCCGACACCCUGGACCGGGACCAGCUCUCGCCGCAGUACGUGCAGAGCGUGCGCGCCCGCAUCCAGGCCACGCCCACCUGGAACGACGGCCGCAACCACCUGCUCUUCAACCUGUACUCGGGGACCUGGCCCGACUACACGGAGGACCUGGGCUUCGAGGCGGGACAGGCCAUGCUGGCCCGGGCCAGCGUGGACUCGGGCAGCUUCCGGCCCAACUUUGACGUCUCCAUCCCGCUUUUCUCCAAGGAUCACCCCCUGAAAAGCGGGGGUGGCGGCGGCGGAGGUGGCGGGGGUGGUGGUGGUGGAGGGGGCGGGGGCAGCGGCGGCUACGUGGUGCUCAACGACGUGCCGCCCAACCGGAAGUACCUGCUGGUGUUCAAGGGGAAACGCUACCUGACCGGCAUCGGGUCGGAGACGCGGAACGCUCUGUAUCACAUCCACAACGGCGACGACAUUGUGCUGCUGACCACCUGCAAGCACGGCAAGGACUGGGAGAAGCACAAGGACGGCCGCUGCCACCGGGACAACGCAGAGUACACCAGGUACGAUUACACGGAGCUGCUGCACAACUCCAGCUUCUGCCUGGUGCCCCGGGGGCGACGCCUGGGGUCCUUCCGCUUCCUGGAGGCCCUGCAGGCAGCGUGCAUCCCUGUCAUCCUGAGCAACGGCUGGGAGCUGCCCUUCUCCGAGGUCAUCGACUGGAGGAAAGCUGCCAUCCUGGGGGACGAGAGGCUGCUGCUACAGGUGCCCUCCAUCAUCCGCUCGGUGGGUCUGGACAGGACCCUGGCCCUGCGCCAGCAGACCCAGUUCCUGUGGGACGCCUACUUCUCCUCUGUGGCUAAGAUUGUCUCGACCACCCUGGAGAUCAUCCAGGACCGUGUCCAGGCCCACGUGUCCCGGAGCGGCCUGCUGUGGAACGCCCUCCCCGGCGGGCUGUACGCUCUGCCCCAGUUCUUCACAGACCCCUCCCGCUUCCCCUUCUACUACGCCAUGCUGGGCACGAGCCCCUCUGCCCAGUUCACGGCGGUGGUCCAGGUGCUGGCUCAGAGCCAGCUGCAGAGCCAGACCUCGCCGCUGAUGAAGCUCAUCGUCGCCGUGGCCAAGUCCACCUUCUGUGCACAGAUCGUGCUGUUGUGGAACUGCGACAAGCCUUUACCCCCCGGCAGCAAGUGGCCCUCCACCAGCGUGCCCCUGACGGUGAUCGAGGGACGCACCAAGUCCAUGAGCAGUCGUUUUUACCCCUACGACGUCAUCCUCACAGACGCCAUCCUCAGCCUGGACGAGGACUCUGUGCUCUCGACCAAUGAGGUGGACUUUGCCUUCAGAGUGUGGCAGAGUUUCCCGGAGCGGAUUGUGGGCUACCCGGCCCGGAGCCACUACUGGGACAGCGGGCGGGCCCGCUGGGGCUACACCUCCAAGUGGACCAACGAGUACUCCAUGGUCCUGACCGGGGCAGCCUUCUACCACAGGUAUUAUCACUACUUGUACACACACUACAUACCAGCCAACCUGCUCACCAUGGUGGACCGGAUGGCCAACUGUGAGGACAUUUUAAUGAACUUCCUGGUCUCGGCGGUCACCCGCCUACCGCCAAUCAAAGUCACACAGAAGAAGCAGUACAAGGAGACCAUGAUGACGCAGGGCUCCAGGUCGUCCCGCUGGGCCGACCCGGACCACUUCUCCCAGCGGCAGACAUGCAUGAACGCUUUCAGCGGCUGGCUGGGCUUCAUGCCCCUGGUCCACUCCCAGAUGAGGCUGGACCCCCUGCUGUUCCGGGACCAGGUGUCCAUGCUGAGGAAGAAGUACAGGGACAUCGAAAAGCUGUGA